CUCAAUGGCUGAGUUUGCAGCAAAUAUAGUAGGAUCAGCUAAGACUAGCAAGAGAGUCAUAGCAUCCAUAGUCACUUCAAUGAUAACAACAACAUUACUAUUCACUCCUAUUUCCAAUGUUGUAUCUGACAAGGCUAAAAGCAAGUUCAAGAGGCAUUAUACCAAUUGUGGUUGCUUCAAUUGUGAAAGUCUUGAUUAUUGGAAGAAGGACUGCCUCAAGCCUGAAAAACAAGGCUUGACAGAUGGCAAGAGGGCAAAAAAAGCAGUGGCAAAGCAUUGAGCACCACCAAUGCUGCUAUAGGCAUUGAAAGUGAUUUGAA